CGAAAAGGAGAUCCGUCAUUUUCGAGGGAAACCAUGAAGCUAGCCUGGAGCCUCCUCGUCUUCUUUGCCUUCGCGUCCGCGGACGAGCGCGAAGUGUGGGAGGGAGCGGGCGACGAGUGCUGGUACCUCAUCCUGGAGGGGACCUACGGCCAAUGCAUGCAGGAGGAUUGCUGCGCCCACGAGUUCUGGCUGUCCGGGAAGUGCCCGUCGUACGGCGGGGACUGGAGGUGCUGCUUCUCGCACAACCAAUGCGCCCAGGAAUGCGGGUCAUGCUCGGACUCGGUCGCCAAGGAAUACGCGUGCAAGCUAAUGGUGAUGCACGAGACCGAGAGGAUCUUCCUCAAGCCGAAUCAUUUCAACGAACUGGGCAACGAUCCGUACGACGGCGCCGCGGUCCUCUCCAACAUCAGGGACACCUGCCUCGGCCGACAGGCCAAGAGAUCCGCGUAUUGUGCCGAGGCGCCGGGCGGUUGUGCUUGCCUCAGAGGGUCCAUGGUCAAGGCGCUCUACGAAUACGCCAACCGGUUUUGGAAUAACUACGGCGAACGUCUCGAGGUUUGUGCGUGGCACUUUGCUCUUUUCGGUGAAUUCCCUCGCCGGAAGCUGCCAUUCCUCCCUGAACUCGUGGCACUAUGUGGGCAACGCUUUCGAUGUCGCCUGCUCCACCCCCUUGUGAGUUUCAUCUGCCUCCUCUUGUCGUCUAUGAGAGAGCGGAGGAUGAGAUGUGCUUUCGCGUUCAGCUGGCACUGCGAGGAGCUGGUGGCGUUCGUCCGGCAAUAUCCCCUGGAGGAGCUGUGCUAUCCCGGCGGGCCGUGCUCGGGACACGAGACCUGGGUCCAUGCCGCCUUUGUCUGA